ACAGUUCAAGAUUGUGUCAUGUGGCCCAAGCCCAGCGUAUUGCAGGCCCUGAAAGGGCGCAUUCAUCCGGACGAUACCAUUUAUUGAGUAAGAAAAAAAUCACUAUAAAGUACCAAAACCCUGUAAAAACACAAUUGUUCAUGGCGAUAAAACCCUAACAGCGAAAUUUGCUAGAGACAUUCAAAAAAUCGUUCAGGACUAAGUGAUUUUCUAAAGUUAGUGGGUUAUCAUAGUCGCCUUCAUUUCUCACUACAUCUUCCUGAACCCACUGUUUCUACCUUAAGAUGGGAAGCAACAAACUUGAAAAGAAGGUAAAGAAGAUCAAAAAACGCACUCGGGAGCCAAUUGAUUAUGAUGACAAGUUUACUAUUGCCGAGACAAAUGAGGAUGAUGUAGCUGAAGCAGGUAAGAAAGCUCACAAGUCAAAGAAAGCUUGUAAGAGAAAAGACAAUGAUUCAUCAAUGUUACCAAGUGUAGUGGUGAACGAUGCAGAUAAUUCUAUUGAAGGAGAAAAAAGAAAGUCUAAGAAGGCUCAUAAGAAAAAAGAUGGCCACUCAACAAAUAAUAAAGGCCAUUUGAAGAAGGAGGUCCAGGAAGUUGCAUACGAUUCUUUAGGAGAAAAAAUAAAAUCUAAGAAGGCUCAUAAAAAGAUUACCCAUUCAAAAAACAACAAAAGCAAGUUGGUGAAGGGGGUACAAGAAGCUACAAUGCCUAAUGUAUAUGAAAUCUCGUUAGGAGAGGAAGAUGACUCCAAAGGGAUGAAAAAAUGGAUUAAGGAAUUCCACGAAAGGAGACCUGGACUGAAGGUUUUGCAAGAAAAGGUUGACGAUUUUAUAACUGCACAUGAAGAGCAAGAAGAACAAUUAAGAAAAGAAAGAGAAGCCAAACUUAGUGAAGAGGGAUGGACUGUUGUUGUACAUCGCAAAGGUGGGAAAAGGACUACUGAUCCUGAAAGUGGUGUUGCUGUUGGGUCUGUAGCUGAGGCUUCUGUACGUGACAAAAUUGCCAAGAAAAAGAACAAGGAUUUUGGACUAGAUUUCUACCGAUUUCAGAGGAAAGAGGCACACAGGAGUGAGCUUAUGAAGCUGCAAAACAAAUUUGAGGAGGACAAAAAGCGGAUUCAGCAACUACGAGCUGCUAGGAAGUUUAAACCUUACUGAUAAGUAUCCUUGCAAUAGCAAAUUGAAGUUAAACCGUAGCCUAGAGUUCUCGAGCUUUAAUCCUAGGCCUAGGAUGCUCUACAUUAGUUCAGGAUCUGAACGACAAUACGACAUUGUCUAGUUGGCUUUUGUAAUCGGGUUGUGUUCCUUAGAUUGAAAUAUAAAGAACUGAUCGAGUGAUUCAAAGGUAUGACUGUUGCCAGCCUCUGUUUAUUUUAUUUACCGAUUAUAUUUUCAAGCAUUCACUAGCAGAAGGCAGAAGUGAUUGUAAGUGCCAACCCAGUAAAAAUGGUUUCGACGUGCGACUGUGUCAUAUGAGAAUUUGUGAAACUUUUAACAUAUAAUGAUAAUGAUUCUACAUGAACUGCAUUUCAGUUUUUGCUGUAUAGUUUUAAUUUUGCCGGUGUGCCUGAUUGUUCGGCUGUUGUAUAAGAAGUUCUCAGCAAUCUUCAUAGAUGAUCAGCUAUGCACAAGCAUCUUUAAUUAUGCAUAAA